UGUGCAGUUUUGAUAUAUUAUAUAAAAUGUAUAGUCUACAAUCAUGUUGAAUUAAACUUGAGUGGGUAUGUUUCCAAAAAGGAGCUUGAGUGGUUAAUGUUAGCUUAGAAACAACGUGAGGAAAACAGAAAGGGAAGAGGAAGAAAGAUUCCAAAGCUUGGUGGCGAAUUCAAUAAGAAAAAGAGAAAACAAACACAAACAUACUCUGUAAAAUGAUUCUGUGCACAAUAUAAUUUAAGAUUGCAAAAGAAGGUAAAGGUAUAUACAUUAUACACCCCAAAGAAGCAAAUUAAAGAACCUUCACCUUCCCCCACAUCAAGAAAUAUAAUAAAACCAUUCCUUUCCAUCUCUAUAAAACCGAAACCAUAAUUUCUUUCACACAAACAUUCAUCAAAUCAACAAAAACAAACUAAUAUAAUAUGGCAUCAUCCAACAAACAUCACCGGACUUAUGAAGAUUUCGAACCUCCGGUGGAGCGGUCGGAAGAGGACGGCUGCAUCAUUCUCACCCUCUACAUUCCUGGUUUCGAAAAGGAGCAAAUUAAGGUUCAAGUAUCCUCAAAAAGAAAGUUGAGGAUUAGUGGGGAGCGGGCAUUGAAGAGCAAUAACAAGCACACAAUGCAGCGCUUUUACAAAGAGUUCGAAAUCCCGUCAAACUGCAACACCGCUAACAUUACUGCCAAAUACAAGAGUGGCAUUCUUCAUGUCCGCCAGCCAUUGCAGCAGGACCAGUCCAACUCCAAACAACAACCUCAUCACAAUCCUAUUUUGGAAGAUCAAGAAAUAAAGCAAACUAAUUUGGCUUCCAACCACAACGAACCACACAGUGACACUCCAAAAAACAACGGAAAGUUGACAAUUUCAACGGGACAACGUUUAAAAGAGACGAUUCCCUGUGUGUUCCUAAAGUUGGUUUUGCCUAUUUUGCUGCCAUCUGCCUUAUUGUUGCUUUGGUAUGCUAGGAGCCUGAGCCCCAUCAUGCCUGUCGAAGUGGAACAACCUUCACAGUGAUUCAUUCAACAUUGGUGACUUAUAAUUUGUAUUGCAUCCAAGUACAAUAAUGAAAUUCAGGCCAUAACAAAAUUUACCGGGAGUUUAAUAUAAUUGUAAAGAAAUUUGAUGGAUAACUUGAAUUAUAAACAUAAUUGAAUUUGUUUUUAUUUUGUUUAUUUGAAAUUGUGAUCAAA